AUGCCUGCCUGCAACAACGGCACACUGACGCUCAGCGCUCCGCACAAGAAGGAGAGAAAGAGGGAGGAGAGAAAGAGGGAGGAGAGAAAGAGGGAGGAGAGAAAGAGGGAGGAGAGAAAGAGGGAGGAGAGAAAGAGGGAGGAGAGAAAGAGGGAGGAGAGAAAGAGGGAGGAGAGAAAGAGGGAGGAGAGAAAGAGGGAGGAGAGAAAGAGGGAGGAGAGAAAGAGGGAGGAGAGAAAGAGGGAGGAGAGAAAGAGGGAGGAGAGAAAGAGGGAGGAGAGAAAGAGGGAGGAGAGAAAGAGGGAGGAGAGAAAGAGGGAGGAGAGAAAGAGGGAGGAGAGAAAGAGGGAGGAGAGAAAGAGGGAGGAGAGAAAGAGGGAGGAGAGAAAGAGGGAGGAGAGAAAGAGGGAGGAGAGAAAGAGGGAGGAGAGAAAGAGGGAGGAGAGAAAGAGGGAGGAGAGAAAGAGGGAGGAGAGAAAGAGGGAGGAGAGAAAGAGGGAGGAGAGAAAGAGGGAGGAGAGAAAGAGGGAGGAGAGAAAGAGGGAGGAGAGAAAGAGGGAGGAGAGAAAGAGGGAGGAGAGAAAGAGGGAGGAGAGAAAGAGGGAGGAGAGAAAGAGGGAGGAGAGAAAGAGGGAGGAGAGAAAGAGGGAGGAGAGAAAGAGGGAGGAGAGAAAGAGGGAGGAGAGAAAGAGGGAGGAGAGAAAGAGGGAGGAGAGAAAGAGGGAGGAGAGAAAGAGGGAGGAGAGAAAGAGGGAGGAGAGAAAGAGGGAGGAGAGAAAGAGGGAGGAGAGAAAGAGGGAGGAGAGAAAGAGGGAGGAGAGAAAGAGGGAGGAGAGAAAGAGGGAGGAGAGAAAGAGGGAGGAGAGAAAGAGGGAGGAGAGAAAGAGGGAGGAGAGAAAGAAUGAGAAGGAGGAGAAGAAGAAGAAGAAGGAGGAGGAGAAGGCAGUGGCACACCAAUACUCAGCACUCCGUCUACAGUACGGUACAUGCAGUAUUGAACUUUGUUUACAGCAGUGCAACAAUGCUCACCACUCCAUCUACACCGUAAUUCCCACAGUAUUAAGCUUUGUUUACUGCAGCGCACCAAUUCUCAGUGCUCCAUCUACACCACGAUUUCCACUGAAUUAA